CCAGCGAUGCGAGCGCAUGGCUGCGUCAGCGUCACAAGGCAAGGGUUGCGGAUGUGGCUAAGCGAGGCAACGACGGUUGUCCUCAAAACUAAGCAUAUACAGCCGCACCAACCGCCAUCUGGAAAAUCGAGCUAUCUGGUGAUAUCAGCACAAGUUUAGUUAUAUGAAAAGUCUGUUGUCUGAAAGGAAAUCAAUUGAACAUCCUCGACUGUAAUUCCCACGGCGAAAAUGCUGGUCAGCAUCGCUUGCCUGACUAAUACCUAGAUACAGUUUUGUUGGCCGCCUGCCGAAACAUGACAGCUUUUGUAUCCAAAUUCUUCCACCUCCUUACCAACUACAGCGAGAAGCAAGACCAAACGCUUUGUACAGGAUGCCACGCCAUGAGAAAUCGCCUCUUUGACCCACAACCUCUCCGCAUCGGCCGAGUUCCUCAUGCUCAGCCAGUACAAAGGGCGGAGCGGCUCAUUAUUCACCAGAACUAUCCUGAGCUGUCAAAAUGUGCGGACACUAUUUGUGGCCUCUGCAAAUUCGUUCGUCGCGAGCUAUGUUUUUAUAGCUAUGAUAACGUCCACUACGCGUUCAGCAAUGAAGACCUUCAAAACCUCGAGAGCGACGUACACGUCUGGUUCUUGGAACUUUACGACGAGUUACGAGAAACGGAAGACAGAGGCUUUGAGUUCUGUCACGGAGCACAUAUCGGUGGUCCUGCACGCUCGCUUCACGACUUUUAUCUUUUCCAAAAGCCAAACCUCCGGAAGCCCCGAGAGGGAGGUACUGACCUCGAAUCACUAUUUAAUCUGUCACUUCAAUGGCUCGCGACCUGCCGCACCAUGCAUCAGGGCUGCGGACCACAGGACAGAACAGAAUCAGCGUACCUCCCAACCCGGCUACUUGGUGUUGGUUAACCAGGACAAGAGACCAUACAGCUCAUUCUGUCGAAGGAUCUUGUAAAGACCGAAGGCCACAACUACGUGACACUCAGCUAUUGCUGGGGUAGCGCAAA